AUGGCUCUCUCCGAACUACCGAAAGCUUUUGAUUUACCAUCAAAUUUUAAAAAAGGAUACUUUCCAUACAAAUUUAACACCAUAAAAAAUGCGAAUUAUGUUGGCCUUUUACCAGCAAUAGAAUACUACGGGGCAAACAGCAUGAAACCAAAAGAACGUGACAUAUUUCUGCAAUGGCAUGAAAAUCAUAAAAAUGAUGUUUUUAAUAUGCAACGUGAUAUUAUUGAAUACUGUAUUUAUGAUGUUGUAAUAUUAAGAGAAGCCUGCCUUAAGUUUCGCCCCGUUAUAUCCUCGAAAGGAAAUACAUUUAGUUACUAUAAGUGCAAAAAUGCAGAAAAAAUAAAUUAUAUUGAUGUGAGUUCCUUAUAUCCAAAUGUAUGUAAAUACGGAAAAUUCCCUAUUGGACAUCCCAAAAUCCAUAUUGGAAAUACUAAAUGUUAUUCAUUAAAUUUACAAAACAUAAAUGGUCUCAUAAAGUGUAAAAUAUUGCCACCUGAACGUUUGUAUCAUCCGGUUUUACCGCUGAAGCAAAAUAAUAAAUUAAUGUUUACGUUAUGCCGUUUAUGCAGCGAACAAAGAAAUCAAAAUAAAUUUUGCACACAUUCAAAUGAUGAAAGAGCCUUAACAGGAACUUGGGUUAUCGAUGAAGUUAUUAAGGCUCUAGAAAAAAAUUAUAGGAUAUUGGAGACGUAUGAAAUAUGGGAAUACGACGUAUCACAAUAUAAUAAACUUAAAAACGCUGAAGGAUUAUUUAGUAAAAUGAUGGAUAAAUUUUUAAAAAUAAAACAAGAAGCUUCAGGGUGGCCCAGCAAAUGUUGUACUAAAGAUCAAAAAGAAAAAUAUAUUGAAGAUUUUUUGCAAAACGAAGACAUACAGCUCGAAUAUGAAAAAGUUUUAAACAAUCCUGGGUUACGAUCAUUUGCCAAAUUGAUGUUAAAUUCAUUUUGGGGUAAAUUCGGACAAAGAGAAAACUUACAAAAAACAAACAUUAUAAAUGAGCCAUUUGAGUUGUAUGAGAUGUUAACUAAUGCAGCAAUAGAAGUAUGCCACAUUUUACCUAUAAAUGAAAGAAAUAUUGUUAUUAACUGGCAAUACAAAGAAGAGGUAACAGAAUCUUUAUCAACUGUGAAUGUCUCUAUUGCUGCAUUCACAACCGCACAAGCCCGUCUAAAAUUGUACACAUACUUGGAAAAGCUAGAUAAUCGAGUUUUAUAUUACGAUACAGACUCAAUAUUUUACAUAAGUCGUGAAGGUGAAUAUGAACCCCAUACUGGAGAGUUUAUAGGGGAUAUGACUAAUGAAUUAGAAAGCUAUGGCCAAGGUAGUUAUGUUACAGAAUUUGUAAGCGGUGGUCCAAAAAAUUACGCCUAUAAGGUUUUUUCUACAAAAGAUAAUUCUGAAAAAGUGGUUUGUAAGGUGAAAGGAAUUCGCUUAAACUACGACGCUUCACACAAAAUCAAUUUUGAAACGAUAAAGGAAGCUGUUUUAAAUUUAAACAAUUUUGAAAAUAUUUCCAUAUUUUCUGACAAUAUUCGAAGAACAAAAGAACAUGAACUCAAUACGGUGUCUGAAACCAAAACAUAUCAACCAAAAUCCGAAAAGCGAAGAUUUUUGUCUGAUUACAGUUCGUUGCCAUUUGGUUAUUAA